UAUUGAUAUCAUUUUCUUUCAGCCCCAUUGAGGAAGUGGGCAAGUUGGCACGGUUCAUCCAGGUUGGUGGACAGUCACUUUAUAUGCUGGUUAACCCAGUGACAGAUGGACAAUGCAAGGAUGAACUCCUUCCUAGACUAUUCCAUCAUUAACGGAGAAACUGGGACCUGUUCUUCCAGAAGUUACCAUGUAGAUCCAGGAAUUACAACUUAUCAGUCUUGUGCCGUUAGUAAUAAUAACUGCAGCGCUGAUGACCGCUAUAUCGUGAGCAGAAGUGUCCAAAUGGGUGCUCCUCCUCCUCAUCACCAUCACCAGACUAGCUACACACAUCACAGCAACCUGGGCAUCUCCUACAGUGCCCACCCCAACUGUGGGGCAGGAUACCCAGCCCAGAGCUUUAACACAGGCUACAGUCAUCAUUACUCAUUGAACCAAGAGACGGAUGGCAACGGAGGGUACCCUCAGUGUGCUCCUGCUGUCUACCCUGGAAACAUUGCCUCAGCUAUCAGCCCUCAUCAUCACGGCUAUGGCGGGAUGGUGGGACCAGGCCAAUAUUCCCAUCACCCUUUCGGACAAGAGCAGCAGAGCUUAGCCCUCGCUGCGGGUUGUCACCCUCUGUCACCCGUUCAUGGCAGUCAUCAGGAAGCCUGCUGCUCCCCGUCUGCUGAGACCCCUCCCCCAGCACAGACCUUUGACUGGAUGAAAGUGAAGAGGAAUCCUCCAAAAACAGGAAAAGCCGGGGAGUUUGGUUUUGCCGGUCAGCCAAAUACGGUGAGAACCAAUUUCACCACCAAGCAACUUACGGAGCUGGAGAAAGAGUUCCACUUCAACAAGUACUUGACCCGAGCCAGGCGGGUGGAAAUCGCUGCUGCCCUUCAACUUAACGAAACCCAGGUAAAAAUAUGGUUCCAGAAUCGGCGGAUGAAACAGAAAAAGCGGGAAAAGGAGGGUCUUACCUCAGCUUCCCCGGCCACACCUGGGAGUGAAGCAAACACAGAAGACACCUCAGACAAAUCUAACUCUACCUCAUCGUCUCCCUCCCCAUCAUCAUCUACCUCAGACACAAUUAAUACUUCAGGAUGAGACAUUCCGAAAACAAUCCCAUAGUGGGAAGCAAUUACUUUGCUCGUUGUUUUAAAUUAGAAGCGAAAGCUGCAAUGCGAUAGAAAUUUCUGGGAAACAAACCAAAAGAUACUUAUUUUGUUUUUGAGGGGAAAAAAAAUCUGCCAAUCUCUCAGCGAGCCAGAGAUGCACUAUUAUAGAAGUGUUUACACUAAGAACCAACUACUGUAUAAUAUAAUUGUCCUAUUUUAAUUUAAUGUGUUGCAUAUAUAUUGUAAGCUGCGCUGGUUGUAUAUAUUUUGUCAAGAGUUUUAUCUUUUUACGAGUAUUUUCUAAAAAUAAUACUGAAAGCCAGGGUCAAGCGACCAUUAUAUGACGUAGAUGUAGAGUUUUUAUAAGCAAAAUGUGAUCAAUGAAUCGAAGUGUAAGUGAAACAUUUCUUGUACUUGCAGAAAGGUGAGCUGAGCAGGUUGGGGAGCUCUCCUUAAACUGUGGAAGGUUAUAUGUACAGAAAUUAUCGUAUACUUCAUUGCACUGGGCUAUGUAAAAUUUGAACGAUAUUAAAUAUGUGUCCCCCUCCCAAAAGUACGUGGAUUUUCUCAAGACCAGCAGUAGUACCUUGUUAAAAUACCUCAAAAUGAUCACGUUUACUCCGAUAUCUGUUGGACUUGGUGUCAUGAGCUACCUGUUAAUGUAAUUUAUAGCCAAGCGAUUGUUUAACUUGUGAUUUGUGUCUGGAAUUUUGCAUGAUGCAAUGCUGUCAGUGUGUA